AUGGGGACGAAGGGACGAAGUGCCAAAAGUGUUAGCAACUUUGCCACAUUUCUGUUGAUUUUCCUCGCACAAAACUGUGGUACGGCACGCAGCCACGGGCGUGAUGGAUUAGCAAAGUUGGAGUUUAGCGGCCCGGUUCUCCCUGUUUUUAAUUUUGCAAAAAUAUACGAAACUUUGUGUGCACAACUGCCACUGCCACUGACGACCACGCCCCCUUCCAGGCACCCCGGGGAGGUCGAGGGGCGCGAACUCGUCCGGGGGAAGCCCAUGUUCCAUGUUUUCGAUCAACUGCAGCACGACUUUGAGGCGAAAUGGCGGCGCACAACCACAGCGAAGCCCUUCAGUAUCCUCCAGCACUUGGGCUGGGAGCAGGAGCAGGAGGCUCAGCGGCUGCAGGCCCAUCCAAACACUAGUUUUCAUGUCCUGCAACAAUUGUACAAGGAUCAAAAGGCUUAUGAGCUCAAGACCACAACCGUAAAGCCCUUUCUUGUGCUGCAAGAACUGGAAAAGGACUACAUUAAGGCAAAUAAACACACCACUACGGUGAAACCUUUUCAUAUAGUGGGAACCCUGGUAGAAGAUCUCAUAAAAAAGGAUCUUAAAGAGGGUUAUCUGGUGGAAAAACCCAUUAAAUCCUCGGAUGCCCUAGCCGAACACAAGGCCGAGCUAAAACCCGAAUCUCGGGCCAAGCAAAGUCAGAAGCGGAGACGGAAACGCAUUCGCCGCAGAAGGAAACGAAUACGCCGACGCCGGAAACGCACACGUCGCCGUCGCCGGAAAAAGCGGAAGAAGAGACGUAAGAAGCGGAAGAGGAAGAAGCACAAGGGCGACAAGAAAAAGAAGAAGAAGGGCAAGCGGAAGAAGCGGAAGAAGCAACAAAAACCGGAAGAGCACGACCAGCACUCCAUUUUCCAGCCCGGCCAAGUGAUCUUCGCCAACCCCACCAAGUCGCCGCACUACCACCAUCCCCAUGGGUAUCCCUAUCCCCCGGCCAACCAGGUGCCAGUGCAAACCAUACCCACAGCCUUACUGGACGCCUUGAUCACCACCACCACCACCACCAAAAAACCAAAAACCACCACCACUACCUUUCGUCCCUUGAGCAAGAUCAAGUAUCUGCUGAGGCACAACAGCAUCUUCAAGAAAAAGAAGAAGGAGUACAUGAGCCACGUGGGUCAGGUGUUGUAUCCUUUCGUGAAAUUCGUGGCCUUCUUCACGGUCCUCAAUCCCUUCACACUGGGCGUGUUCCUCUUCACCCUGAUCUCACCCGCCGUCUUUGGCUUCCUGGGCUUUGUCGCGCUGAGUGUGCUGGUCAAGCCCUUCCUGCACCUGGUGUUCGGGGUCAAAAGAAACGUAAAUGCCUUCGAGCACAAGAGGUGGCUGGCCCACAAACAGGAGGAGAAGCUGAAGCUGGCCUUAAGGCCAGUCACCAUCCACAAGCACUUCUACCAGCAGAAUCCGGUGCACUCGGCACCACCUGUGAAACUGCGCCCAGUGGGUCAUUGGAGGAGGCAGGGUGGUGGCCAAGGGAAUGAGAUGUUAUCCUCGCAACCACCACCCCAAAGACCGCCACCCCUGAGACCACCUCCUAAGCGACCACCCCUGGAACCACCCCCAGGAUAUCGCUAUAAUCCUUUACUGCCUGAUGAUCGUAAGGCUCUUGAGUACGAUAAUUCAGAUCAGCCUGGCAUAUUUCUUUAA